AUGUUAUAGAUUUUUUAUUUAUCUUUCAGCAUUCAUUUUUUCUCUUUGUAAAGUAGAUUANAAUAAACUAAAAUUAAAGUGAGUUCUAGAAUCUCUAGAAAAACUGGUUAAUCCAUGAAUGAAAAAAUUGAAUAAUUUAGAGUUAAAUAAGAAGUUAAAUAAUUGUUAGAUCAUAUAACACCAAUUGAUUAAAAAUUAGGAAAUGAUUAUUGGGUAAUUUAUCCUUUCUAUACAGAAAUAAGGAUUAAGAUCUCAAGAAUCAACAUUAAAAAGGAAGAAUCCCUAUAAGUACAUUGACAAAUUAGAAGAAGAUCCAAAUUAUCAAAUAGAUAAAAAGCCUCCUGUUAUUGAAAUUAUUAGAGGUUAGAAUUCUAGUGCCAAAGGUUUUAGACCUUAUUCAUCAUUUACUUCUCGUUUUUAUUUAGAUAGAAAAUUAAAAGAGAAUGAAGAACUAGUUAAGAAACUUAUUCCAUAAAAUUUAGAUGAAAUUGAUUAACUUUAAUUAACUGGAUAAAAUAUAAUGAAAUAAGAAAUAAAUUCUGUUAGAAAUCCAAGAGAUAGUUUUGUUAAAAUUACAGGUUCUUUUGCAAAUAGUUAAGGAGGUUUUAAAACAUAUUUUAAGAAGGUACCAAUCAAAUAAGAAUAUUAAUAACCAGAUGAAGUGAUAGUUUAAAAUUAUGAUAAAAAGAAAAUAUUAAAUACAGGAUAAUUUGGAAGUUUGAAAGGAUAUUUUUGA